CAGAAACCGUGGAGAUGCUGCGAUCAGUUUGACUCCGGUCGUCAAUGUGAACAGUUUGCGCGAGAAGCACACGGGCAUCGAUAAACCGCACUUUGUUAAAGAGUCACCGAUUAAGCGUUCUCAAACCUGAUCUCGGUACUAAAUAUGUUUCGAGUGUCAAUAUUUGGCCUAAUGGUAGCCGCACUGGUUUUUCCCGCGGCGGGCGAGAGUGGUUUCUCGGACUAUAGGAAUUCUUUUAUUUCGUACGAGCGGAAAGGGUUGGAUUCAUGCCCCUUCACGUAUUACAUAGAAACAUGCACGGACUAUGCUCACAUGGUUUUGAUCGACAUUCCUAGCAAGAAUGACAAACCUCAUGAUACCCCUUGCAUUGGUGCAUUUAUAUCCGAAAAGUUCAUCCUGACGAGUGCCAGUUGCAUCGGGUCAAGCGAACCCAAUGAAUUGAAAUUGUACGCUGCUAGUAAUCCAAACGAGGCGUUGUUUGUAUCAUCAGUUCAUAGUCAUCCGGAUUACAAUUUGGCGGAGGGGAACGAUUUGGCGGUGCUGAAAUUGAACUCAACCAUUAGUCUCAGCAAAAACAUCGCCGCAGCAUGUCUAUGGGAUACCGACUCCAUAGAAAUGUACUCCAAAGUACAGGAAAUAGAUUACGACUCCACAUUGAAGAAACCCAUGUCCAAUUCGACGGUUUGCUCAGGAGAACGCAAAAACGAGUGCCUCAAAUCGUCCCAAGAGCUGUGGUGUCAAAGGAAAUCAUUCACUGGAUUUUUGCAAAUCCGACAACUGGGUCAGCACAAAAUGCAUCCCAUGAUAGCCAGCUUUGGUUGUAACAGUCAAAACGAGAUAGUUCCCAUUGCGAAACACAUGCCCUGGAUUAGGGAGGUAACGAAGAGCACGAAUCUAGAAUACAACUACACGGAUGUCGGUUUGGGGGAGAAAUGUUUCAAAAGUGAUAACGUAACAGGAGUUUGCAUACCGAUCGAGACAUGCCCAGCGGCAUUCAGGAAUAUCAAAGAUAUCAAGAAAGGUAGAACAGUUAGCGACCAAUGCGGUUUUGAUAACAGAGACAUCCUUGUUUGUUGUUCCACGGAGGAUAUGAUCAAAGGUCCUGACACAGAAGCUCACUUCCGAGAUAUUGUCCAAGAUAUGGAGUACUGCGAAAUGCUGUACGACGAAUUUAGACGAACCCCGGAAGAGCAUCAGUUGCACUCCCAGGUAGCCAUCAUUGAUAGCCAGGAUUCGACGAACUGCAGUGCAACUUUGAUCACCGCUCGGUAUCUGCUCACAUCAGCACUAUGUGUCCAAGGAUUGGAUAUCAAAAAAACGACCAUAUGGCUCGGACUCGGAAACGAUAUCGAAAACGUUGUUCAGAAGAAUGAAAUCCACUCCGUCCUGCCACAUCCCAAGUUUUCCGCGAAAUCCAACCACUACAACGUGGCCGUGAUCAAACUUCGGUAUCCGGUGCUAAUUCAGUCGUCCAGCGUUCCCGCUUGUUUGUGGCGGGAGAAGGCCAAAAUGCCGUCGGAUUUGAGUGCUGUGAGCGUUCAGGGGCAUGACCGUAGCCCCACGUCGGUUGAAACCAGUCCGUUGUACUACAGUGACUGCCGUGGUUUGUACAAUCCGGAUUUGGUACCGUCGGAAAUGUGCGUCAAUCAUCGAUCGCAGCAGCAGUGCGCACCUAAGGAAUGGGAGAAUCUGUGCCGACAGCCCGGCAGCGGACUUUUCGCGACUUUGUACUACGGAGACGAUAUGAAGCCGGUUACGUAUAUCGUUGGGAUAUACAACAGCGGCUAUCAGUGCGAUAAAGGCGGACCAGCUUUGUACACGCGAGUGAGCGAGUACCACGAGUGGAUCAAGAGUGUUGUUUAUUUGGACUCUCAAAAUAGCGAUUGAGUGUCGUAACUAAGAAUAAAAUGCCAUUAAAAUGUAUUUCCGGACUUUCUGCUGAAAAUAAAAACACAGUCAAAUUUAAAUAA